UUGAGAUGGGAAGAGAAGAAAGAAUGAGAACAAAAAGAAAAAAUAUAGCAUAUGAAAAUAAUAAUGAAAAAAGAUCGAGGAAUCUUAAUGAUGACACUUCUAUGCAAGAGUGUACUAUUGGUAAAAUCACCAGAGUUGCUAUGCAGAAUUUUAUGUGUCAUGAUGCUAUGCAAGUAAAACUUAAUGAAAAUGUUAAUUUUAUUGUGGGAAGAAAUGGAAGUGGAAAAAGUGCUAUAUUAACUGCUUUAACGGUAGGACUUGGAGCUAGAGCAAACGUUACUAGUAGAGGUGUAUCCGUUAAAGAUUUCAUUAAGAAAGGUAAAAGUGACGCUCUCAUAGAAAUAACGUUAAUUAAUCAAGGUCUUAUGGCUUAUAAACAUGAUAUAUAUGGUGAUUUAAUAACAGUUGUUCGGUACAUAGGCAAGCGUUCUGGAUAUAAAAUUAAAAAUUGGAAAGGUGAAGUCGUUUCAACGAAGCGUACUGAAUUGGAAAAUUUAUUAUACGCAAUGAACAUACAAAUAGAUAAUCCUAUUUCAAUAUUGAAUCAAGAUAUGUCUAAAACAUUUUUAGUAUCAUCGAGAGAUGAAGAGAAAUAUGAACUAUUUAUGAAAGCUACACGCUUAGAUGUUAUUGGAAAUAAUUAUAGAGAAGCUUUAAUUUCUAGCGAAGAAGCAAAGGAAAAAUUAAAACAGGCUAACGAGAUAUUACAUAAAACAAAAGAAGAAGUGGAUGAACUUAAAGAAAAAAUAGAACUAUUAAAUCAAGUUGAUAGAUUAAAAGAUGAAUUGGAAGAUUUACAUAUGGAAUUACAGUGGGCUAUUGUUAUAUCAGAGGAGGCAAAAUUGCAACAUUAUGAAGAAAAUCUGCAGAAGUGCAAACAGAAAUUACAAGAGCUUGAAGAAACUUCCGGAUCAAUGGAAUUCAAAGAUAAAGAAAUUACUGAAAAAAUUAUGCAAUUACAAAAUGAAAUACAGAUUGCUGAAAAAAAGGUUUCAGAUAGUUCAAAUGAAUUCAAAGAUAUUAAAAAUAAAUAUAAUAUGGAAAAAGAAACACAUUCCGAUAAAAUAAAAGAAUUGCGUGUUGUACAAGCGAAAACGAAAUAUUUGGAGGAUGAUAUUAAUUUACUUCGUAAAGAAAUCCAACGGCUAGAAUGCGGAGAUGAUAAUCAGGAUGAAAGAAACAAGAUAAAACAAAGUCUGGAGGAUUUGCAAAAUAAAUUUGAUGAAGUUGAAGCUAUGUUACGUACGAAGGAAACUGAUUUAAUGCAUUUAGAAACAAAUAAAAUAAAACGUUCCCAAGAAGUACAAUCAAAAAGAAUCGAAAUGGAUAAUAAUGAAGUUCGGAUUCGCAAUCUCAAACGAGAAAUACAAAUUUUAAAGCAGCAAUCUGAUAAUGCUUUAAUUGUCUUCGGACCAAAUAUACCACGACUUCUUAAACGUAUCGAAGAAGAAAAUAGAAAAGGACGAUUCAGAAUGGUACCUCGUGGUCCUUUAGGUGCACAUGUAAAAAUGAAAGACCGAGAAUGGAUUCCUGCUGUGGAAAAUUUUUUGGGUGCUAACUGUCUUACUACAUUUUGUGCAGAUAAUAGUGACGAUGCUAAAAUUCUUACUAAGAUCAUGGAAGAAGUUUAUCUUAACGAAAGAGCGCCUCAAAUUGUCUAUAGUAAAUUUUUUAGUAAAGUUCAUGAUGUUAGUCAACAUUGUACACAUUCAUCCAACUAUUUCAAUAUGUUAGAGGCAAUGGAUAUAUCGGAUCCUGUUGUAGCCAAUUGUUUAAUAGAUCAAUGGGAGAUCGAGUGUAUAUUACUCAUUCCAACGAGUUCAGAAGCGUGUGAAAUUAUGUCCGAUGCAAGUAAAGUUCCACUUAAUUGUAAAAAAGCUAUAACUCAACAAGGUGAUUUGUAUUAUCCAGAUCCAAAUUAUAAAACUUACGGGGCAAAAAGGGGAAUAAAGGCGAAGUAUCUUCAAAUAUCCACCGCAGAAGCCAUUAAUCAAUUAGAGGAAGAACUCUCCAUCAUCGAAGAAGAAAAAAAUGUUAUUACAAAAUUAUAUGCAAAUCUAUGUGAAGAGAAAGAAAGGACAAAUCGAGAGUUAGCAGAUGUUAAUGUUAAAGUAAAACAAUUACAUUUAGCACGAGAUAAAUAUAAAGCAGCAAUUAAUGAUUUAACAGAUAAGAUGAAAGCGAGUGAAGCUACAUCUAUAACCGUAUUUCAAACUGAAUUAUUAGAGUUAGAAAAAAAACUUCAAAAUAAAAAAUCUGAAGAAGAACGCUUUAGUAUAGAGAUAGAAAAACUGGAAAGGAGUAUUAAUAAUUUAGAUAUAGAGAUUAAAAAUUAUAGAGAAUUAAGAUACGGCUUAGAAUUGAAAGUCAAUCCUUUGAAGGAAGAAAUUCGUCGUCUUAAAGAUGAAAAAGAAAUGCUUCAUUUAAAAGGUCAACAAUCAGCCCGUACUUUAGAGAAAACAAAAGAAGUCAUACAAAGUGCCGUUGUAGAGUUAGAAAAUCAACAAAAAAUAAAAAAUAAAGCGGAAGAAAAUGCGAUGAAAUGUUGCUCAAGGAUAAACACACACAGAACGGUCAAUGAAAUUCAGAACCUUUAUAAGAGUUUGAAAGGAAAAAUUCAUGAAGUUGAACGAUCGUUGGAUUCUAAAGAAAAAUUAUCUAAAAAGUUAAAAAACCUGAAUGAAAAAUUCAGUAGCGUAAUUGAAUUUUCUUCUGUCAUUGAAGAGAACAAUAAAAAUCAGUUGCAACGUCUUCAAAUACGGAAAAAACUGUAUGAAGAUAUGAAAGAAGCUAUUGGCGUAAAAGUAAAAAAUUCUUUUUCUACUAUAUUAGCACUUAGAAAAUAUAAGGGUAGUAUAAACAUCGAUCAUGUACAUAAAUUAUUAACACUAAAAGUAAGUCCUGAAAAUGAUAACCAAAGAUCAGUUAAUGAUACUAGAUCAUUAUCCGGUGGGGAAAGAUCUUAUUCUACAGUAGCUUUCAUGUUAGCUCUUUGGGACUGUACUAACUUACCAUUCUAUUUUCUGGAUGAAUUUGAUGUAUUUAUGGAUAAAGUAAAUCGACGAGUGAUAAUGGAUAUUUUAUUAGAUUACACAAAAUCACAUCCUCAAUGUCAAUUCACUUUCCUUACACCUUUGGACACAUCAAAUAUACUAGCAGAAGAUUUCGUAACGAUACAUCAAUUAGCUCCGCCGGAUAGAGCGUAACAGAUAAAUUAUAUUUUUUAUGAAAUUUUUCUAAUUAUAUUUUAGAGUACAAAAUGAAAAUUGUA